AUGCGUCGUGUUGUCGUUACGGGUUUAGGUGCCGUGACACCUUUGGGAGUUGGUUUUCGGCGGACCUGGAAGCGCUUGCUGGAUGGCCAUUGUGGUAUUGUGAAUGUGAAUCAUCGAGAUGAGCGCUUUGCGGAACAGCCGUGUCAGAUUGCUGCUGUUGUGCCAGAGGGGAGUCGAGAGGAUGGCGGGUGGACGGCUUCUGAAUGGUUGAGUCGUGGUGAUGAGCGCAGAAUGGCCAUGUUUGCCCAGUAUGCUAUGGCUGCCACGGAAGAGGCUCUUCAAGAUGCGGGCUGGAAGCCGACUGAGUUCGAGCAGAGAGAAGCAACAGGAGUCUGUCUUGGAUCUGGAAUUGGCAAUUUUGAUGAGAUUUACAACACUGUUGUCGCAUAUGAAAAGGGCGGCUAUAAAAAAGUAAACCCGCUCUUUGUGCCAAAGUUGUUGAUCAACCUUGGUGCUGGCCACAUUUCAAUGAAGUAUGGAUUUAUGGGACCAAAUCAUGCUGCGACAACUGCUUGUACUACCGGUGCUCAUUCAAUCGGCGACGCAGCAAGAUUCAUUGCAUGCGGAGAUGCCGAUGUAAUGGUCGCUGGUGGAGCCGAAUCAUGCAUUCAUCCUCUUGCCGUUGGUGGCUUUGCCCGGGCUCGAAGUCUAGCCACUGACUUCAACGAUAAUCCGGAGAAGGCGUCGCGGCCAUUUGAUGCUGAUCGAAAAGGGUUUGUUGUUGGCGAAGGUGCCGGUGUACUCAUCCUAGAGGAACUGGAACAUGCCCGCGCACGAGGCGCACAUAUCUAUGCAGAACUUAGAGGAUAUGGCUGCUCCAGUGAUGCACACCACAUGACAGCACCGAAAGAGAACGGCGAGGGUGCAUUCAUGGCCAUGAAAAAGGCUCUCAAACAGGCUCAAUUACCCCCCUCAGCAGUCGACUACGUUAAUGCCCAUGCGACUUCCACUGUUGUGGGAGAUGCAGCUGAGAAUGCAGCUAUAAAGUCCCUUCUUUUAGGUCCAGAGGGCAAGCAAAAGGCGGAAGAUGUGAAUAUUAGCAGUACAAAGGGCGCAAUUGGUCACCUUCUUGGCGGCGCCGGCGCUGUUGAAGCGGUCUUCACUACUCUUGCAAUUCAGGAUAAUGUUAUGCCGCCUACUAUCAAUUUAGAUCGUCUUGCUGAUGGGUUUGACUGCAACUAUGCCCCGAAUCAUGCACAAUCAAGACAGAUCAAUGUGGCUUUGACAAAUAGCUUUGGUUUUGGGGGGACGAACAGCAGUCUUUGCUUUGCAAGGCAUGAAAAAUAA